AUGGAACAUCCUCAAGUUGUUCCAUCGGUUGUCAAUCCAAACUACCAGAAUCCGGUUCCACAGAGGGAACAAGUUCAAGCGGCUGGACAGCAACCCAGAAAACCACCACUAGCUCAAGGAGCUGCUCAGGCUGAAUUUCGGCCACAGCAAGGUGCAAAUCAGCAAUACCCUGCCCCUGCACCCCAAGUCCCACCAGGCUUUGACCUCAAGGUAGUCUUACAACAGAUUAUAGAUGGUCAGUCCAAGACACAACAAGAGAUCAACAAGAAAGUGAUGGAGCUGAAGCAACAUGUUGAUGGAGGGUACACUGAUCUCCAGAAAAAGUUUGAGACUUUGAAUUCUCAGUUCAAGUCACUGGACAACCGCAUUGCUCAGGUUGCAUCCUCCUCUCAAAGGACACCAGGCACACUCCCUGGAACAUGUGAAGCAAAUCCUAAGGAGACAUGUAAUGUCACCUUCUGUGAGGAUGAUAGCUGUGAAGAGAGUAUGGAGAGAUCCCUGCGAGAGGAAGACUCUGAUGAUGAUAUUGAUACUUGUGAAAUCCUCUCAGCUGAACGAAAUGAAAAAGUUGCUCUAAAGAUCCUGUUUUGA